AUGGCUGUGCCCCCCCAGCCCCCCAAAGGGGACAAACUGGGGAUGCAGGUGCCCAAGAUUUUCGGGGGGAGCCGCGGCCCCGGCACCACCCUACAGACGUCCCCCCUGGACUUGGCCAUGUUGGCCCCCUACAUCCCCAUGGACGGCGAYUUCCAACUGGGCGGGGCCGAGCCGCAGAGGGGGCGUGGCCUCCGCCCUCCAGGCCCCGCCCCAAAGRCCGAGACCCCGCCCCCUCGCCCCCGCGCCCGCAGUUUCCCGGGUCGAGGCCCCGCCCCCUCCCGGCCUGGCCCCGCCCUCCCGCGCUGGGGCAGCGACCCCGCCCUCGGCCACGCCCUCCGGCCACGCCCUGCGAGGAAGAG